AAUCAUGUCAGUAGCAACUUGCCCAACAGGCUGGAAGUUUCAGACCUCUCGGGGUCCUCGGUUGUGUUCAUGUGGACGAACAGACGAUAAAUGCCGAAUUUGUAUACAGUCUUGUUUUGAACACUAAUGUGAAGCAUGUCUAAGUGAAUUUGUUUAUAAAUAUGAUCCAAAUCAACUACAUUUUGCAUGAAAUAUUGUAGGUGACCCAUCAUGUGAUGUAGCUGACCAAUCAAAUUCACGGCUUUUUGAACGAACGUAUAAAAGCAUUCUGGUCCUUGCUUGGGAGUGCGAUGCUGUUGACUGAUACCCAUGGUGUGCUGGAAAAUCUGGCCCAAGCGAUGGACCCGAAGAGCCAUCCGGCGCUGCAAGGGUACCAGCAGAAUGCACUAAACAUCAACGCAGGAUUUGGCAGCAAAACAAAGGAGGUUGCUCAUUCUCAAUGCAAAUGAAGUCAAAAGCAAUCGAUGUAUAUGCAUGGUCAAAUGGGGAUGCAGAGAGCCCCACAAGGACAGACGGUGAUGAACCAAAUUCAGUAAGUCGUGGCACCAUGAAGGGCAUCUCAACUCAUGAGAACACAGUGCCCAACAAUGUGAACCACAGUGGUGGAGAUGGGGAUGACGGGGGCGAGGGGCCAGCUGUCCCCACCUCCCAGAAACGUGGGCGUCUAACUAAUCAGCUGCAAUACAUACUCAAAACAGUCAUGAAGGCUGUGUGGAAACAUCAGUUUGCUUGGCCAUUCCAUGUACCUGUUGAUGCAGACAGACUCAAUUUACCGGAUUACCACAAGAUAAUCCGAACACCAAUGGAUCUGGGAACAAUUAAAAAGAGACUUGAAACAAAUUAUUACUGCUCUGCACAAGAAUGUAUUCAGGAUUUCAGCACAAUGUUCACUAACUGCUAUGUAUACAACAAACCAGGGGAUGACAUCACUCUGAUGGCACAGACCUUGGAGAAGUUGUUCCUUCAGAAGGUGGCCCAGAUGCCACAAGAGGAGGUUGAAAUGUCAAUCCCUCAGAAGAAAACUCCAGGUCCUAAGGGUUUCCGUGGUCGUGGAGGCGGAGGUGUUGGAAGAGGACUAGUGACUCCUCGUGGUGUUGGGACACUUGGACCGAAAAGUGCUCCUGUAGUUGCUGCAGCAGCAGCGCAGGCCGUGGCUGCUUCUCAGCCUCCCACUCAAACGACUGUUGUGCCCCCACCAGUCAUACCACCUAACAAUACAACACCUACACCAGUGACACCACCACCUCCUCCAGUUGUGGCGCCACCUGCGCCACAACCACCACCACCGCCACCUCCUCCAGUGCUUACUCAUACGUCUCCACCCCCACUAGUAGUACCCCCUCCAAAUACACAGCUGCCACCUAUGCCAGUGAAGCCCUCACCACCACCACCUCUACCGCCACAGCCGCAGCCACAACUUCCCACUCCUAUUCCUGACAUGACAGAAAACUCAGUUAUGCCUCCAUCUGUGCUACCUCCAGCUCAGAUUACAAAAACUAAAAAAGGUGUGAAGCGGAAAGCCGACACCACUACCCCAGCUGCCAUUGUAACAAAUUCUGGUGGCAUUGACCCUGCAUCAAUAUAUUCACCUAAAAUCCCAGGCAGACUGCCUCCAACAAGACGAGAAAGUAAUCGCCAGAUCAAGAAGCCCAAGAGGGACUUGCCAGAUGACCAGGUCGUUGUAUUAGAUGAAGCUCAGCAUAGUUCUAAAAACAAGAAAGGGAAGAUCUCAGAACAGAUGAAGUAUUGCAUUAAUCUCAUCAAGGAAUUGUUUGCCAAGAAGCAUGCUACUUAUGCUUGGCCAUUCUACAAGCCAGUAGACGCUGAUUCACUUGAACUUCAUGAUUACCAUGAUAUCAUUAAGAAGCCAAUGGACCUUGGCAGUGUGAAGAGGAAACUGGAGAAUCGUGAGUACCGUACGCCAACAGAGAUGGCAGAAGAUGUGCGGUUGAUCUUCACCAACUGUUACAGGUACAACUCUGGAGACAGUGAUGUGGUGCAGAUGGCAAGAAAACUUCAGGAUGCAUUUGAGAUGAAGUAUGCCAAAAUGCCUGAUGAACCACUCCCGCCUGAACCAACGCCCCCACCCUCUGUGCCAAUGGUGGUUCCCAAAACUGAGUCUCGCACCAGUGAUCUCUCUUCCAGCAGUGAUAGUGAUGAUAGUGAUGUUGAUGAUGACAGUGAGGAGGAGAGGGAGCGAAGGCUGAAGGAAUUGCAGGAACAGUUUCAAACAAUACAAGAGCAGUUGUCCAAGUUAACAAAAGAACACAUGAACAAGUUAAAGGAGAAGAGAGAAAAGAAGAAGAAAAAGAAACGAAGCAAGGAAAAAGAAGUUGAAAAGGACAAACUUGUGGAACCCCCUGUUCUCCCACCUCCCCCUCCUGUACCGAGUGCACCCAGGAUGUCGCUGGAUCCUCCCAAACCAAAGAAAAAAUCCAAACAGAAGUCUCCAAGUUCUAAACGAUCAAGGACUAACAGUCGGUCCUCGACUAGGAGGAAAAUGCCGGCAGUGGUGGUGCCAUCCGCAGGACCGAUCCUGCCUUCGUAUGAUAGUGACGAUGAAGACAAUGCUAAGCCAAUGACUUAUGAUGAAAAGAGACAGCUGAGUUUAGACAUAAACAAGCUGCCAGGUGAUAAGCUUGGUCGUGUGGUGCAUAUUAUACAGUCAAGAGAGCCGUCCUUGCGAGAUUCCAAUCCUGAUGAAAUAGAAAUAGACUUUGAAACAUUAAAACCUUCAACUCUAAGGGAACUGGAAGCAUAUGUAAUGUCAUGUUUAAAGAAAAAGCCUCGGAAGCCAUAUUCCAAGAAGACCUCUGGUAAGACAAAAGAGGAUCUGCAGCGGGAAAAGCAGAUGGAGUUGGAAAUCCGAUUGCAGGGUGUACAACAGCAGCUGGCCGGUGGCAAGAAACCAACCACUGAACGAGGCAGUGUUGAGGCGGGAGGUGGUCAAAGUCGUCUAAGUGCAAGCAGCAGCAGUUCUUCUGGCAGCGACACAAGCAGUGAUAGCAGUUCAUCUAGCUCGUCAGAGUCGAGCGACUCGGAAUCAGAAAAGACUCCACGAAAGUUGAAGUCAAUGCCACCACGGGUUGAGUUGCCUCCUGGAAGCCCUGGACGCUCCCCACCAGUGAAGAUAAUGCUGGGAGGCAACACUCCAGUUGUGGUGUCAUCGCCACCGCCACCCUCACCCCUUAGCGCUCCUCUUCACCCAUCAUUUCCCCCUCCUCAAGCUGCGGCUAUGGCUGCAGCACAUGCUGCUGCUGUUGCUGCUGCCGCUAGUGCACAGCCCAGUCUUCCUACUCCAGUUAUUCAGCACAAGCCACUGUCUCCGGCAAGAGCCCCAAAGCCUGUAACUCACACACACAUGCCUCAGCAGCCAAGCAGACCCACGGCAAUGGCCACAGCCAAGCCACCGUUGAAGAAUACCAUUCCAGUGACACCAAGUCUCCCGGUCAGUAAACCUCCUUCCAUGUCACCGCAAGUGGAGGUGACGUCACCACCAAAGAUGCCGCUCGAAGUCAGAAGAACAUCUCCCAGAAUCCAGUCGCCACCAGAUGACUUAUCCAAACUAUUCCCUUGUGACGAUGAGCCUGAAAGCCCCAAACCCAGUCCGAAGCCAGCCCCUCCUGGGGCCACCAUAUCUGCUCACGGUGUAGGCAUAGCCUAUGGAUCAGGAUCCACAAUGUUGUCCCAGCCUUCACCUUUGGAGCCUCAAAAGGAGCCAAAGAUGUCCAUGCAUAUGCCACCGUCCCAUGCUGCUGCAGCAGCAGCAGCAGCUGCCGCCGCCGCAGCUGCAACCAAACAGAAACAGAAUGUGUUGAAGAAUGCUGGCUCCUGGUCAAGCAUUGCCACAUCCAACUCUUCACACAACAUGUCAAGGAAACCUGCUGCAGUCAACAGCUUCGAACACUUCCGUAAACAAGCCAAGGAGAAAGAAGAGAGGGAACGAGCAUUGCAGACACAGCUUCUUCAUCGUCAGCAGGUGAAGGAGAAGGCCGAGAGAGAACGUCAGCGUCAGGAACGCGAGCGACAGAGAGAGCGAGACGAGGAGGAGGCCCUGGAGCAGGCCAAACAGGCCCAGCAGGCCCAGGCUCACCACGCCGAGAUCAUACGGCAGCGCGAGGUGGAGCAGAUCAACAAGCAGAAGGAACGCGAGAGGAUGCGAGAACAGGAGCGCAGGCGCAGAGAGGCGUUGGCCAACCGUAUCGACAUGAAUGAACAGAGUGAACUAAUGGCAUCCUUUGAGGAAAUGUUAUAGUGACUACCACUCUGGGGUGUGUGUUGCCUGUUUGCUUGUGGACCUUCUGACACUGCCAGCAGGCACCGAGUUCAUGGCGGAGAGGAGGGCUGGUGGCCCUCCCAGCACGAAGAGGUCAACGACCCUCGCACCAUGAGGACAACCUGUAAAAUCAGGAGAAGUUGAUCCUCAUUCUGACGUAGGAACAGAGAUCCAGACAACUACAUGUUUCUCUUAAGCCUUGUUUCUGCAUAUCAGACAAUUUAUACAGAAAAGCGUCAGUUGAUUUGACUGCAAGACAAUCUGUUAGGAAUUGUGACAAUACAAGCAAAACUUUCUGCAUUUUCAGACAGGUUCAGUGAAAGCAGAUUUUUCAAAAUGUUCAAUGCAAAGUGACAUAUGUCCUAUAAAACAGAAUCCCGAUUUGUUUUUAUUAUUGCAUGAGAUUGUAAGUUGGGGUCCAGUUAUGUGAUUCUUUUUCAUCGAUCCAGUUGACAUCUUGAAAAUCAGAUUAAGUUUCCUUGAGCAAGUCGUAGUGAUUCCACAACAAGCCAUCCUAACAGAAUGAAUGGUACAGUGUUUUGCUGUCGACUUGAAGAUGUAGCUGUGGUGGUCAGACCUAUUGCCAGCUUGGAUGUAAAGACAGAUUAAUUUCUCAGGAACUGUACAGAGCAUGUUAUGCAAGCCGGCUGGCGCCCAUCCUCCUCCACAGGGGCUCAGCAUCAUUUGCAACCUAAGCACUUAAAACAAGUUCAAAUGAUCACCUGUUGUAUAUAGGCAUUCAUUCUCAUGCCCUUUCUAGCAAUAACUGUUCACUGUGAAGUAUUAGUGAUUUACCUAUGGCCAAGGACUGGUCUAUUGUGUUUGUGCAUGCCAGGUGUUCUUUAUGUGAUUGUUGUCAUUGUUUCCAUGGCAACUGGUCAGCCUGUAUGUGACCAGCAAUGCGUCAGAAUGGUACGGUCAGCUGUCUCAGAUUGUACAAGCUGUGUGUAGCCAUGGCCAGUGCAUGUGCAGUCCCUGUGUAGCUGAAGUAGCUAGCCACAAUGUGUUCUAGUCACAAUGCCGCAUAAUCCAUAUUGUGCAGUAGGACUGUAACAAUACAGGGGGCACUAUACAUAUAUAUUCAGUGCGAAAGGGGGCGAUAUGAUGCGUAAUGCAUUGCACCACAAUUGAUUGAGGUUUCCGCAAGUUUUUCUGUCAGAUUUAAAGCACAGGUUUGGGAUCUUUAUCAUGAAAAUAUAGCAUUUAAGGUAUGCAAUGCACUGUAUAACGCCUGUAUGUGAAUGUGUUGUAUCUCAAUACAAUACUGUAUCGCUGUAUCGUUACAACCCUUUUGCAAAGUUGCAGAAAUAACACUGGAAUUUAUAUAAUCUGGAAUCCAGAGGCCCCGCUAAUAUUAUGUACGAUGUAUAGUUAAAAUUGUAGCAGAUAGACUGAUUUAGUACGAGCAUGUUACAAAAUAUGAGCUGCAUUAUUUCGAAGGGACAUUUAAUAAUGGCUGUUAUUAUUAUUGAUUUUGCUUCAUAUCUGCAAAGUCAAAGGAAAAUUGAUUUAACCAAGUUCACUGAUUAAACACCAUUGAAUACAUAUUUGGUUGGAUAAAGGUCUAAUUGAGCGUUACUGCAUGCUAACUGGCAUUUGAUUGUCUAUCCAGGUUGCGAAGUAAUGUUAUUUCUGUUUAGAAAUAUUUGCUUUUUGGACAAAUAUUCAUCUCUGAACUAUGCUAUACAAAUGGUCAGAUGGAGAGUAACAUCUCUUUGAGGUUCUAGAAAUCGGAAAUUGUUUUAUAUCUUGGGUUGGGGGGAGGGGGACCCAACAUGCUGGUUGCGACAUGACGUCAUACUUCAGCCAGCUAGUGUCAUUUCCUUCUGACAUCUCAUAUAACAUUCAGGUUGGUGCUAUCGUCAUCAUUUUUCUGGCAGUAUUAAAUCUCUUUUCUUUAUUCCUCAUAUUCCUAACAUCUUUAGAGUACAUACUGCCUCAUUCUGAGGGUGGUUUGCGCUGCCGACAAUGCACAUGUCCAGUUGUUCCAUUCCUUAUCCUCAGCUGUUUGAUAAGUAUGAAUAUGAAAAUGUGACAGUUUUUCCUGUGUAUCUGUCAUUUUCCCUAGCUUAAGGUAUGCCUGUGUUCUUUUAAAAUAUUCAUAUCUAGCGAUGUGAAUAACUGCCCAUAGUGAGGAGUAUUUCUGUACAUUUUUGAGGAGCUUAAUAUAUUAUAUGAUCUGGAGUGAUCUGAUGGAUGAAUGGGUAGAAGUUUGAGGGCAAGGCAUUCCGAUUGUACACCUUAGCUCGGAAGUAGGUCUAUACAUUUCAUGUUAUCAUCAAAAGCCAUUAGCUGGUAUCAUUUUGUACUUAAUCUUGUCAAUCCAGCUUGGUUUGAUCAUCAUUUCCACAUCAUAUAAAUAGGGUGCUUGCAUGUUUCAUUUUCAUCAAAAGGAUCAUCAUCUAAUACUUUCUUCUUGAGUAUGCCAUCAAACAUGUUUCAGUGACUCAGAUUUUGUAACAUUUCCGUAGAUUUGUACUUUUGUUAUUUGUGUAGUAUGAGAGUAUUUGUAUCUAUAUUGUAGGCCUUUACUUUGUGUUCUGUAGAUUAGCGUCCGGAUGAUGCUGCUCAUUGGAGUUAUGUCCCCUUGCACAAAACAUUAUUUUUUUACUUUUCUAUAUGUCUGCAUCUGCUGAUUCAGUUAUAAUAGCAACAUGGACUUCAUUCCAAGGCUUGAACUGCCAUUUGUCAUUCAAUUGUGAGGAAAGCAAGGAUAUAUUAAAUACUGGAAGUGUUUAGCUGUACAGUCUUGCCAUCUAGUUAUCUGUGAAUGUAAAUCUUUAUAUUUACAAAUUUGCAUUUCCCAUGUUUGUAAAUCGUUAUAUUUACAAAUUGGCGUUUCCCCAUGUUCCAUUUCCACUUGAUACAGGGGACAUAACUCUGUAUGUGCUAGCAUCAAUAUGGCUGUAUGUUGCUUGUGACACUACCAUGUGCCAGCCAGACUGAGGAGAGAUCACAAAGAAAGUUGCUGUGUGAGAGAAAGAGAGAGAGAAGCUAUUGUCCAUCAGGUGUAUUUAAUGAUUAUUUAACUAUUGCUGUUGAGUGUUUCUUCAUAGUAUGGACGGACAGAGAAACGGGCCUGCAUGGAGGGGACCCACCUGUACUGCACAGUUAUAUUUUUGUUACCUAUUGUGUACAGCUCAAUAAAACAUCAUUGUCAGUAUUA